AUGAAGUCGUUCUUAAGCGCUAUUCUGGGUUAUGAUAAAGUGAAUGGUGUGGUCUCCGAAGGUAUCUUGGGCAACGUCAAAGCGUAUUAUGGAUGUGUUGAGUCUCAGGGACGAGGGACUCUGCAUUGUCAUAUGAUGGUAUGGUUAGAGGGGGGACACGAUCCUAAUGAGAUCAAGCAGCGUAUACUGGAAGCAAAUGAUACUGAUUUCCGAGAUCGAUUGCUGGCUUUUUUGGAUGACACAAUAUCAAACAAUGUCCCUCCUGAUCCAGAUCCUCGGAUCAGUGUGCCGUCAACCGUACACCAUCCUUGCGCUGUACGUGGUGUUGCUCCAUAUCCUGAUCGCGAUGACCUUCAGACUAAAACUGCUCGUCAAAAAGAUUUACAUCAUUUAGUGCAAACUUGUCAGGUCCAUAAGCAUAACCUUACCUGUUUCAAAUACUGGAAGGGUCCGCCCAACCCACGAGAGUGUAGAUUUGAUUUAGACGAAAACCAUUACUGCGAGAAAAGUCAUGUUGAUUAUGAGACAGGCGAGAUUUGUCUACGUUGUUUGGAUGGUAUGGUGAACAAUUUCAACGCGUCUAUGUUGGAAGCUGUACGCUGUAACAUGGAUAUCAAGUUCAUCGGAUCAGGUGCAUCGGCAAAAGCGAUUUUGUAUUAUAUUACCGAUUAUAUCACGAAGUCCCAGUUGAAAGCUCAUGUCGCUUAUGCUGCCUUAGACUUGGCAAGACGCAAAUUAUCUGAAUUCGAUCCUACAGAUGACGACCUCACUGUUCGAGCAAAAGAAUUGAUAAGGAAAAGUGCGCACGCUAUGAUAUCUCAUCAAGAGUUGUCAUCUCAACAAGUUGCGGCCUAUCUGAUGGAAUCUGGUGAUCAUUAUACCAGUCAUGAGUUCAAAAAUCUUUUUUGGACUUCCUUUGAGAAUUAUGUUGACAGUAUUCUUCCCCUGCGACAGCAAUCGCUUCCUGAAGAAUGA